AUGGCCGAGGUUGUAACAGUAACGCUGAAUAGCGGGGCCAAGAUGCCUGUAAUAGGCUUUGGUUUGGCAGCAGACGAUAUCAUUAAAGCCAAGGGCUCUGCACCAGUCGAUCAUAUUAAGGCCUCAGUGCUUACAGCCAUUCAGGUUGGUUAUCGAGCGUUUGAUACUGCAAGGAUUUACUUAACAGAAGGUGUUUUGGGAGAGUCUCUGAAGGAAGCCUUCGAAAAGGGGCUUGUAUCUCGGCAGGAAGUAUUUGUUACCUCCAAGCUCUGGGUCACUGACUGCUAUUCUCAGGACGUCAUUCCUGCUCUCAGGAAAAGUUUAGAGAUUUUGCACUUGGAUUACUUGGAUUUGUUUCUGAUCCACUGGCCUCUAGCUCUCAAGAAGACUACAACGUUUCCUAUUCUAAGACCAGAUGAUGUAGUAGCAAUAGAUAUCCAAGGUGUCUGGCGAGCAAUGGAGAGUUGUGUUGAACUUGGUCUGGCCAAAGCAAUUGGUGUCAGUAACUUUUCUUGUAAGAAGAUUAGCGAUAUUCUUGCGUUUGCGAAGAUUCCGCCUGCUGUAAAUCAGGUUGAGAUGCAUCCUGUCUGGCAGCAAAAGAAAUUGAGGGAGUAUUGUGAGAGUAUGAAUAUUCAUGUUUCUGCAUGGUCGCCAUUAGGAGGUCCUGGAAACUCUUGGGGAUCAAACUAUGCCUUAGAGAAUCCUAUGAUUAAAGAGAUUUCCACUAAGCAUGACAAAUCUUCUGCUCAGGUGGCGUUGCGUUGGGGAAUAGAAAAUGGCGUAAGUGUGAUAACCAAGAGUUUCAACCCUAUAAGAAUAUCACAUAACUUCGAAGUAUUUGAUUGGAAAUUGGAUGAAGAAGACCACAAGAAGAUUAGUAGCAUAAAACAACGACCACCAGGUUUGAUAAGGAAUUUCUUUGUGGAUCCUAUCAAUGGUCCUUUUAAGACAGCUCAGGAGUUAUGGGACGAUGAUAUCUGA